ACGUUGUAGUCCGCAUUAUUUUGCCUAGGUCAUCCAAUACCAGGAGCAAAUAUAAAGUCUAUUUUGGCGACAAAAGCGCUGAACUCAACGUCCAUAAAGUUCGCCACUCACUCAUAUACACCGUCCCUCGAACUCAUCAUGACGCUAAUCUCAAAUGAUCCCAGUUGGUGGCCGCUAAUUGUUUCGUUUCGUAAUUCAAGCUAUUUCGUAGUUGCCUCCUCUACUGCGAUGGUAUAUGAUUGGGCACUGACAUUCGGGAAAGAGAUUGAACUAGUCUGGAGGCCACGCUGGUCCCUCAUGACCUUUCUAUAUCUUUGGGUGCGCUGUGCUGGGAUACCAUAUAUUGUGUGGGUUUGCAAUACCAACAAGUGGAAACUGUACUAAUAAUAUGUGUUUCGAGAUCAGCCUGUCCAUGCUACGAGUUCUUCCGUCGGUCUCCACAACAGAUGAAGUGCGUGAUCUUACACUCAUCCCUG